AUGUCUUCCAACGACAUGCACAACAUCCCCCCACCACCACUUCAUCAAUACUCACAAGGAACCCGAAACAACACCGUAACACCCGGCGUUGACAAUCUCGGCCCCAGCUCCCCAGGCGGCGGAAUAAGCGGCAUAGCACUAGGAAUCGCAAACACGCACGACCGACAAAGCGGCAUCGACGCAUCCCGCGGAAUGGAUCACUACACCGGCCCCGCCGAACGAGACUUCAACACCACCGGCUCAGACACUCCCUACGUCCCUUCCCCAGCCUUCGUCAGCGCAGAAUCACUACGCCCGAACCAGUCCUACGGCUCCAACUCGCACAUGUUGGGCGGCGCGGCUGCCUCCCCGGGCUUCCACACGCCCCCGCAGUCGUCCCUUCAUUUUAGCGACUCAGCCCACAGCCCGCAGCAGUAUCCGGCGCCGUAUGGCGGAAUCACGGACGGGCCGUACCAGCGUCAUUCGGCGUAUAGAUUUUGCGCCCAGAUCGCGCGGUCGUGCCGCUGCCGCUGGGGCGGGGGAGGCGCUGCUGCUGGGGGCCUUUUGACGGGAUUCUUUGGGAAGGAGAAGAAUGCUGAUGUUGCGUAUAAUUCUGUUCCUGGGGGUGGGCUGGAGGCUGGUGGGGCGGCGGCGCCGGCGAAGAAGAUGGAUGGGCGCAAGAAGAUGGGGUGGAUUGUCGGGCUUGUGCUUGGGUUUAUUAUACUCGGUGCGAUUGUUGGCGGCGCCGUUGGCGGUACGAUUGGGAGUCGGCACAGUAAUGGGUCCAAGGCCAGUAACGUUGGGACUGCGGAUGGCGAUACGCAGAGCAAUGGCGACCUCGAUAAGGAUUCCGCUGAGAUCAAGGCUUUGUUGAACAAUGGUGAUCUGCACAAGGUUUUCCCUGGCGUGGACUACACGCCAUGGGGAGUGCAGUAUCCGGAUUGUCUCAAGUGGCCGCCGUCGCAGAACAACGUUACCCGUGACAUGGCGGUUCUGUCGCAGUUGACUAACACCGUGCGUCUGUAUGGAACGGAUUGUAACCAGACGGAAAUGGUGCUGCACGCAAUCGAUCGCCUCGAUCUCAAGGAUAUGAAGCUUUGGCUGGGAGUAUGGAUUGAUUCGAACACCACCUCUACCGAGCGCCAGUUAUCGAAGCUUUACAAGGUCCUCGAUGAUACCAAAGACACCUCUAUCUACAAGGGUAUCAUUGUCGGCAACGAAGCACUCUACCGCGCCGGUUCAAGCAAAGCGAGCGCCAUGACGACCUUGAUCUCGUACAUCCAGAAUGUCACGAGCGAAGUCAAGACACGCAACCUGGAUCUCCCCAUCGCGACCUCCGACCUCGGCGAUAACUGGACUGCCGAGCUGGUGGAUGAAGUAGACGUCGUCAUGUCUAACGUGCAUCCCUUCUUUGCGGGCGUUAACGUCAGUAUUGCCGCCGGCUGGACAUGGGACUUUUGGCAGGACCACGAUGUCUCCCUGACAAAGGGAACGAGCAAAAAGCAGAUCAUCUCCGAGGUUGGAUGGCCGAGCGGAGGCGGCAAGGAUUGCGGCGAGAGCCCUUCCUGCGACGCCGACACACCGGGCUCAGUGGCCAGUAUCGAUAACAUGAACUCGUUCAUGUCCGACUGGGUCUGCCAGGCGCUGGAGAACGGAACUGAUUACUUCUGGUUCGAGGCUUUCGACGAACCGUGGAAAAUCCAGUACAACACGCCCGGCAAAGAAUGGGAAGAUAAAUGGGGUCUCAUGGACUCUGCGCGCACCAUCAAAAAGGGUCUCAAGAUCCCAGACUGCGGCGGCAAAACCGCCUCCUAA